AUGGAGGUAGGAGAUUGCAGUCUAUGGCAUCACUUAAUCUUUUGUGAAAAGAUGGAAAGUGAUGGAAACAACAAAGGUGUUUGCUGGCUGUGCGAAGAAUCAGUAUUGGGACGCCCCGCCUACAAAUGCUUGGAAUGCAACUUUCUCCAACAUAAAUCAUGUAGUGCAAUGAAGAUGCAUGUCGAACAUAAUUUAAGGGAAAGACAUCACUUGAUGUUCAAAGAAGAGCUGAACAAUACAGCAAACAAAGAAGUUGUUUGCCUGGGAUGUGAGGAACCAGUAUUUGGCCCCAACUACAAAUGCUCCAUACCCGAAUGUUCCUUCCUCCUUCACAAAUCGUGUUCCGAGCUAUCCCACGUGAUACAGCACCCCAUGCACCCAGAACACGCCCUUUUUCUUCAAGUGCCAUCAAGGAAUAGUUGUGAUGUGUGCCAACAAGAUUGCACGAGAUCCUUCUUCUACCGUUGUUUCACCUGCGAUUUUGACAUUGACAUCAAAUGUGUUUCUCGUUGGCGAAUUAGUGCUGAUGACUGCCAUCAACACGCACUCUGUCCCACACGGAAGCAGAUCCAGUUCACUUGCGAAGCCUGUGCUGAGGAAAGCAAGGGUAUCGCAUACCAAUGCAGCAUUUGCCGAGUCUUUAUUCAUAGGAAGUGUGCUCCAUUUCAACACACAAUCAAAACUACGAUACAUGAUCACUCCCUCACUCGCAACUAUUCUCUUAGUCAAGUCAAGAAACAGGAGGAGAAUGCAUUUUGUAAACUCUGCCGAAAAAAGGUAAAUACAGAAUACGCAGCUUACUACUGUCAAGAAUGUGAUUACAUUGCUCACAUGGAAUGUGCAACUUAUUUUAAAGUUGAAGGUAGGGACCUGAGUGAAACCAUGAAUGAGGUGGAUGCAAAUCAGUUGGUUCAUUUGGUGGAAGGAAUCGAUCUAGCAGAGGAUGAAAGAGUUGGGCCUCGGGAGAUUAAUCAUUUCAAUCAUCCACAACAUAAAUUAAUCCUCAUUGAUGAAAAGCUCAUGGAGGACAAACGUUGUGAGGCAUGUAUGCAAUUUAUAAUCAUUGUCCCGUUUUAUGGUUGUGUGAAAUGCAACUACUUUCUUCAUAACAGAUGUGCUAAAGUACUACCCUCAACGAUUAAGCGAGGGCUAUUUCAUGAACAUCGACUCACCCUCAUCUCAAAAGAUUCGAACGUGAAUGCAUAUCGACGAUUGUUCUGCUGUGAUGUUUGUGGAUAUUCUCGCCAUGGCUUCCGCUACAAAUGUGAAGAGUGUAGUUGUUGUAACGGUGACAUUCAAUGUUGUUUAAUACCGGAAAUCCUUAAACAUGAGGGUCACCAACACUUGCUCUUUCUUGCUUUGAGGGAUUCUUAUGAAUCUUGCAAUGGUUGUGGUGACAAACGUUCGGGCUUCGUGUGCACAAAGUGCGACAAGUUCGCCUUGUGUAUUAGAUGUGCAACUCUUCCGCUUGUAGCCAGACAUCAACAUGAUACACAUCUCUUGAAACUUUCUUAUACACGUGAAGAUGAUUCCGGAGAAUAUUAUUGUCGAAUUUGUGAAAAAGAAAGAAAUCAUCCUGAUCACUGGUUUUAUUACUGUGUAAAAUGUGACUUUUCUGCUCAUCGUCAAUGCGUUCUUGGGGAGAAUCCGUACAUUACUUAG